AUGAGCACACAGAGUGUACUUCCUGUGAAAGAUAUCAUUGCUCCUGACAGCAUGGCUCACACCUGCAAUGUUCCACAACCUUCAGCCCAUCAAAUGUUCAAUGCUAAAUCUGAAAUUUACAGUUCGGCAGAUGGUAUUUCCCGCGUCUCAUAUGCUGACCUAUCAGACCCGAAUUCAUCGAGCUCUUCCACAUUCUGUGCAAGCAUGUACUCGGCGUCACCGACGAACUCCAAAUUAUGCUGGCAAAUCAGCGGUUUGCCUUUCCUGCCUCAUCCUCCUAAAUGUGAGCAGCAGCAGUUUUCAGCUGCGCAGUCAUCGAUCUCUGCUCUGUUGUUUGCUGCUGAUCACAGCGAUGGUGGUCAAGGUCAUGAUGAACAUUCACAUGAUCUCAAGGACUUCCUUAACCUCUCCGGCAAUGCUUCUGACAGUAGCUUCCGUGGAGGAGGCAGUUCCAUGGAUUUCAGUGAGCAGCUGGAGUUUCAGUUAUUGUCUGAACAACUUGGGAUUGCCAUCACCGACAACGAGGAGAGCCCUCGGUUAGAUGACAUAUAUGGCAUAGCGCCGCAAUGCUCACCUAGUCUACUAUCCCCUUCCUCUGACCAUGAGGAUCUGCGCAGUGGGGGUUCUCCGGUUAAAGUCCAGUUGAGUUCAUCACCUUCUUCAUCUGGAGCAACAACAUGUAGCAAAACGAGAAUGAGAUGGACACUUGAGCUCCAUGAGCGUUUUGUGGAGGCUCUGAAAAAGCUCGGAGGACUGGAAAAGGCAACUCCCAAGGGUGUGCUGAAGCUUAUGAAGGUAGAAGGCUUGACGAUCUUUCACGUAAAGAGCCAUUUGCAGAACUAUCGACAUGUGAAGUAUAUUCCGGAGAAAAAAGAAGUGAAGAGACCAUGUUCAGAAGAUAACAAGGCAAAAUCAACAUCUGGAAUUGAUUCUGGCAAAAAGAAGAGUUUUCAAAUGGCUGAAGCUCUACGGAUGCAAAUGGAGGUUCAGAAACAGCUCCAUGAGCAACUAGAGGUGCAAAGGAAAUUACAACUGCGCAUAGAGGAGCAUGCAAGAUAUUUGCAGCGGAUACUAGAACAACAGAAGGCCAGAAAAUCUCUGGUACCGAAACCAGAGGAGAAAACAGAGGCCAGCACCACUUCAGCUCCGUCGCUGAAGUGUAAAAUUUCCGACACCGAAAUAGAACAGAACUUGCAAAUGGAUAGCAGAAGGCCAGAGCUACAACUUGAUCUUGAAAGUGAACCGUAA